UAGGAAAAGAAUAGUUCAGUUUUCUCUUGAACCUCGUCGUCGCAACAGCGUCCGCUUCAACUUUCUAGUGAUCCGUGUGACGACACUUUUCUCUCUAUCCAUCGGUGUGAAACUGGCGGAAACUGGACACGGGAUGGAUGACGUGAUUGUUUUACUCUUGUCAGUGAUGGCCAUUCUAAUAGGAUCCAGUGCCCAGCAUCAGAGUGGUUUACCCCGCGCAGGAUUAAUUCGUCAAUCGUCCGUCCCAUACGCUGGCCACAGGAGAUCAUGGCCACCAAAUUCCCUGACGUACGACGAAAGGGACGGGGAAUCGUAUCAAAGCGGAGGCGACGGACACAACCGAUUUGCUCAAUUGAAAAAGAAAAUGUCGAAAUGGUUGAAGAAGAGAGAGAAGAAUAAGAAAUCGGAACAAGAAGCUUUCGAUCCGGAUAACAUGGUCAUAGUACUGGACGCAGCCACCCCCGCCUUCGAUCAACAGUUUUCGGCCAACGGAUCGAUUCCGGACGACGGAUGCGACUCCAAUUCAGUGCGGUUCGACGACGGCCAAUGCUACCUUCUGCUGGGGAGGGAACCCUGCAAGGAUCCAAGACAUUGGGUCACGGUUGACUCAUCCACAUACAAGGGGCGGUGCACUCCGCGCCUUUGCGGAAGAGACAGGGUCUUUGUUGUACGAACGGGACUUUGUCACGACAUUUACGACACAUCCGAGUGCCGCGGAGGCCGUCGUCUUUACUAUUCCCAAUACGGAAAACCGGUCUGCGAUUGUCCCAUCGGUCACUAUCCAUUCCCGUACCCUCAGGACAAUUGCGUCCGACUUUUUACCCAAGGACCAUGUCCCUACGGCCAAGUGUUGUCUAUAAACUCGUUGGGUGAUUUGAGUUGCAUGGCAUCUCAGUGCUCGGCUAAACCGCCGCCCACCUAUUACAGGCUGGACAAUUAUCCACCCGAGGAGCAGAGGCCAAUGCUCCCGAACGAAAACGGGGAUUGUUACGAAUUAGGAUCGGCUGAUCCUUGUUCGAGUUACGGCUAUGCCCCCACUAACAAGGUGCUGGGAUACGACGUUGUCAAGCGCCAGUCCGAGUGCGUGGACGUCGGUGAUGCUUGGUCGCCCUAUUUCAAUUCGCAGGAGGAAAACGAAUUACUCGACACCGUCUACGACCAGUUCACGCCAGAGUACGACUUUUUCCGCAUCUGGCUCGUCUACCAGGGUCUCCAGCUGGAAGAGGCGGUGAAACCUGGCAAAAAGAAGAAGAAGAAGAAGGUCAUCAAUGGCAAUUACCAAAAGAGGCAAGACACUUUUGGCAUUUUUCAAGUUCCCGGCGGCAGAAUUCCGCUACUGAAUCCUAGUCGAUCUGGAUACAGAGUAGGCAAAGGCACCAAUCCCAUCGUGCCCGAGCGAGUUCGAAGAGAUCUUUCGAUCAGACAAGCUGUCAAGCCCGCCAUUUCAACCAACUGUAGUGGCAAUCAAGCAUUCAUCGCUGCAACUGGUCAAUGUCAAAAUCGUUUUUUUUAGCAGCAUACCUAUUAUUUAUUAUCUAUACGCAUAUAGUCACCAUAGAAUCAAAUUUCCUACGUACGUUUUUCUUGUCGAUCGGACUCUUGCUCCCGAAUUUAUCCACCGUUAUAACCAGCUCAAUAAACAAUUCUUGUACAUUUCUA